CCAGGCACAAAUUGAAGUCAAUGCGCGUCCGAUGCCGGCGAUUCAAUGACUGCCGUCAGCGGGUAGAUCAGCUGAGGGAGAUGCAAGCAUAGCAUCAAUUGAGGGUUGCUCAGGGAUGGAUGCCCUUGUGGACCUUUUUAUGAGCCCCUUCUAUGCGGAAAGCGCAAGGGCGCUUUAACUGGGACCCUGCGUCCUUUGCAUGGCUCAUCACCUGGACGACUGGUUCGAAAGGCCACGGUUUGCUACUUAGCCCGGUGGCAGUGCAAUUAGCACGCUAGCAGUGCACAAUGUCGGCGCCAGUUUGCCAAGUUCCAGGCGACGACAAGGAGGAGAAGCGCCUGGAUGUGCACAAGAAGACCAGGCUUUGCAAGUUCUUUGCGAUAAGUGCAUGCACCCGUGGGACAGCCUGUGCCUUUGCCCACGGCUUGGAUCAGUUGCGAAAUCAGCCUGACUUCUCCAAGACACGGCUGUGUGCAGACUUCGUCGAGUUGGGAAGCUGUUCAGAAGGAAGAAAAUGCAAAUUUGCACAUGGGAAGCAGGAACUUCGUCCAGGCUCUGCUGCGAAAGUAGGUCGGCCAUCGUCAAAGAUGGAGAAAUCAAGGUGCAAGGAGGUCAGCGAGGGUGAAGCUAGCCUGGUUGCAGCACAGGCAAUGAAGACCUUGCAGCUUCAACAGUCUCUACAUGAGCAAGCAGCACUGGAGCUUUCGAUGCAGUUCUCCAGCACGCACACGACCAAGAUGGAAGCUGACAAAGAUGACUGUCAGCUUAACGCGUCGACUUCCUUCAGUCGGCAAACCACUUGGGAAGGGAUGGAAACUGCCUCAGCCGGAUUCAGCCGCGGCACCACUCUUUCCAGUGACACGGAGUUGCCGGCCCAGACGUUCGACGAGCUCGCCCAGGAGUGUGACAAGACGGCCAAGCCACGCAAUUUGGAGAUCCUUGUGAAGAACACAUUCCUUGAAGUCAGAGAGCAGGAUGACGAGGAUCGGGUGCUUAGACGCACUCGCUCCCUGCCUCUUUUGUAAGAUUUAAGAUGCAAACCCAGAAUGUCCGGAAGUCAAUUUCCCGGGCAUUCACCAAAAGGUUUAAGGCAGCGUAAGCACAUUUGGUCACAGUGCCGAUGUGUUUGCAGCGCCCACAUUGGAUUGUUUGAUGCAGCCAGCCUGGCUUUUGCAGAGCUCAGCUGGGCUGGCUGUCAGGAUGUGAUGACUUGCAGGAUUCUUGUGUAGUUGGAAUUGGUAACUUGUUGACGGCCUAGUACAUGCGGGUUUUGUAUGUUGCUUCGAGUUGUUGCUUUAAAAGCUGUUCAAAAGAAGGGCUGCGGCUUGCGCACGAAUCACCCGUCUUUCCAUCCUAUUCGCAGCCGGCCCGGUUUUUCGGACUCGCUGUGGACACGCUUCAUGGUUUUUAGUCAUUAGUCUAUGGCGCAUUCCAGAUGAACUUGCCAAUCCGACAUCGGAAGCAAGUUCCUGGACAUGUUCUAUAGCUGUCAGCUCCGACUUUAAGAACACCCCUCGCUGCUUCAGCGUGAUACUUGAUCUUGUGGUCAGGAAGUGCAUUCAGCACAAGCAAGAACUGCGUUGUUUCUUUGUUAUUUGGUGAAGUUGUGGGCUGUGCUGUUUGGUUUUGUUCGGAGAAGUCGCUGGCUUUUCGCAGUGGCUUUGCACGGUUGGGGAAGCACUCAACAGUUUGCAUGGCUGUGCGUGAAUAAGAGCUUCCGACAUCUCUGACAUGCUUUGUCUCUUUGCUUGGAAGGAGCUGAAUAUCGCUGCCAAGCACCACUAAGCAUGUACAGCCUCGAAGCCUUCUCAACCGGAAGGCUAGAAACUAUGGCUUGCGGACACGUUCAACAUCUUGGG